CAUUUUAGAACGAACGUUGAUAUAAUGUCAUGUCAUUGUCAUUGAAUUGUCAAUUAUUGUUGUCAAUUUCUAAAAUUGUCAUGUCAGUGCUUAGUGCUGAGUUACUUUAUCAGAAUUUUUAUAAAUAAAAUGUCAGGAUCCAAGAAAAUGACGCUGCGCGUGCAGUCGGCGGAGGGCACGGCGCGCGUCGAGGUGCUGGACACGGACGCGACGGCGCGGCUGUACGAGCGCGUGUACGAGGCGCUGAACCUCAGCACGUUCGGCUUCUGCCUGCACAAGGACCGCGCGCGCAAGGAGGAGAUCACGUCCAGCAAGUCGCGCCAGCUGCGCGCCUGCGGCCUGCAGCACGGGGACAUGCUCUACCUGAGCCCCGUCAACGGCGCCGUGCUGUUCCACCAACCCUCCACCAGUGCAGAGACAAACAAUAAACCAUUUGGAGAGCCAGCGGAGGCGGGGCCGUCAUCAGCAGCUCAGCCCGCGUCAGCCAGCAAGCCCAAUGCUCCGGCUGAGGACGAGGUGGACCUGCAGCUGUACCGUCUCUCGGGGAACAUACAGCGACAAAGAGAUGACAAAUUAUGCAGACACAACUCCAAGGGCUGCUGCGUGCACUGCUCCCCGCUGGAGCCGUGGGACGAGAACUACCUCAAGGAACACAACAUUAAGCACCUCUCCUUCCACUCCUACUUGAGAAAGAUGACCUCGGGCAAAUUCAUCACACUGGAUGAACUCUCCUUUAAAAUAAAGCCUGGGUGUAAGGAGCACCCGCCGUGGCCGCGCGGCAUCUGCUCGGCGUGCCAGCCCGGCGCCGCCACGCUCACGCGCCAGCCCUACCGCCACGUGGACAACGUGCUGCUGGAGCACGCGGCGCCCGUCGACCGCUUCCUGGCCUACUGGCGCGCCACGGGCCACCAGCGCGUCGGCUUCCUCUACGGCCAGUACGAGCAGCAUCCCGACGUGCCUCUAGGUAUCCGUGCCCGCGUGUCUGCAAUAUACGAGCCGCCGCAGGAGUGCACGCGCGACAGCGUGCGGCUGGCGGACGACGAGCACGAGGCGCUCGUGGAGGAGCUGGCGCGGCGGCUCGGCCUGCGCCGCGUGGGCUGGCUCUUCACGGACCUGCUGCCGAAGGACCGCACUGCUGCGACUGUGCAGUGUCUGCGAGGCGUGGACACUCACUUCCUGUCAGCACAGGAAUGCAUCAUGGCAGGCCACUACCAGAACCAGCACCCCAACGCGUGCCGCCACGCCUCCUCCGGAUACUUCGGCUCCAAGUUCGUCACCGUCUGCGUCACGGGGGACAGCAACUACCAGAUCCAUCUCGAGGGCUACCAGGUGUCGGGGCAGUGCCAGGCGCUGGUGCGAGACGGCAUCCUGCUGCCCACGCGCGACGCGCCCGAGCUGGGCUACAUCCGCGACUGCACGCCACAGCAGUACGUGCCCGAUGUCUACUACAAGGAGAAGGAUGCAUACGGCAACGAGGUGGGCGUGUCGGCCAAGCGGCUGCCCGUAGCCUACCUGCUGGUGGACGUGCCGUGCGGCGUGGCGCCCGCCAGCGCGCCGCCGCUGCUGAGCCCCGCCGCGCGCUUCCCGCCCGCGCACCGCCCGCUGCAGCAGCACGUGCAGAGCCUGCACGCGCUGCACCAGCACGUGCAGCAGUCGAGCUCGUUCCUGGAGGCUGCGGCGGACCUUCACGUGCUGCUGUACCUGGCCAGCAACGAUGCGAGCCCGCUGUCGCUGGAGCAGCUGCAGCCGCUCGUGGCGGCCGUGCGCGCGCGCGACGCCGCCGCCGCCGAGGCGUGGCGCCACACGCCGGCCGCCGCCGCGCUGCUGCUGCGCGCGCGCGCCGCUCACGACGGCGCGCCCGCGGCGCCGCGCGCGCCCGCCGGCGCCGACGCGCCCGGCGUGUGGACGUGUCCGCUCUGCACCUUCCACAACGCGGCGCCGCUCGACGCCUGCGAGAUGUGCGCCAUGCCCAGGAACGCGAUGUAAAUAGCCGAAUCGUAGCGGAUUCACUUUCGUACCGGAGACACGACGCGUCCGUCGCAGGCACGGCCGCUCGUCGCCGCGAGUGUGCGGCUACUUCUAAGACAUUCAAAAUAAAUGCUGCUCCAUUGCAAGCCCAUUCUUUUACAAGAAUC